CCUAAUGGUGUACAAGGGCAUUAGUGACACCUAUCCGCUUCAAGUCCUCGGCCCACAGCGUCCAAUUGCUAGGAGCUGCGAAGAGGCAAUGGAGAGCAAGCUCUUUGCAGUAGCCCUACCCGAGGACCUUAGGAAGACCAUCUACAAUCACUACGGGUCCCAGGUCGGGAAACUGGCACUGUUCCAGAAGGCUUUCCCGUUGAAUGACCACAUCAAGUUGGACUACAUCCACCGUGUUUCUCUGCCUCGUUCCUCCAACAGAGAUGUAGUCUGGAUCAACCCCAAAUACUUUGUCGGGGACGACGAUGAGGAGGUUGUAACAUCAAGCAACACAGUCCCCGUUAAUCCUCUUGCUCUCGACGUCAGUCAGGCUGCCUUUUUGAAGCAGUUCCCACAGACUGAUGUUUUCGAGUCAACCACAAAGGACUGUGGAAAGCCUGUGCAAGACCAGGCUCAGAAGGAGGCAGAGAGGAACAAACCAAAGGACUGUGGAAAGCCUGUGCAAGACCAGGCUCAGAAGGAGGCAGAGAGGAACAAACCAAAGGUGACAAACCUUGAUAUUGUUCCUGUUAGUCUUGUCAGGAAAGUCUUUGACGCUGUCUUCCCAGAUUCAUGCACAAUCAAGCAGCAGUACGGUUCAUGGGAAGACGUCCCACUUUGCAAUGAUAUGGUAGAGCACAUAGAUAUCCAGGUUCAGAAAGAGGCACUGAAAUACCAAAACCAAAGACUGUUCUUAUGCACUCUGAAGAAGCUCAACGAUGAGCCAGACAAGAUGGCCACAUUCUUAGAAGACGUCUCACUCUCUAUCAGGAGCAACUACUUCAGGACUUUCCGUGAGUGGCCAUUGGUUAAAGCCCAGCUAUACCCAGACAUACGGUCUCUGCUGGUCUGCGAUAUCAUGGUCCGAGAGAUCAUGGCUCAACUGAGGCCUACCUUGACCUUCGCCAAGGACACCAACAAGGGUGAUGACCGGCCAUACUGCAUCAACAUCCCGGUCAAGAGAGAGACCAGCUGUCCAGAUAAUACAGACAAGACCAAGCUGGAGCUUUGCAUUGAGAAAGCCAGUGCUGACAGAAUGAAGAAACUCCUCCUUGAGAAGGAACCCGAACCCUUCUGGAUGAAGGGAUGGAUGGCAAUGAUGGAGGAGGAAAGUAAUAAAAAGGAGAAGGAGAAGGAGAAGUGUUGCGGCUGGUUCUGGGGUUUGUUUGGCCGUAAGAAAAAAACAGCGAAGGAAUUGUGGAUGAGGGUUUGUCGCAGGCGCGGAUACUAGAAAUGACAUCCACACAAACCGAAUGUAUGGACGCACACACAUUUACACGGAGACAGAUAUAACAACGAAGCCUACCGCAGAUCCCAAACAGACAACAUGUAAUAGCAUGUCUUAUUUUCCAUUUUGGGCUACAGGAUGUGUAUUUACAGCUUACCAGAGGCUAUAGUUUAUUUUUAUGUCUUUUGUAUGACUUUUAUAUUCUAAAGACAUGACUUUUGUGACUUUUCUUACUUUUA